AUGGCGUCAACAACCGGCUCGGAUGGCCUCGUCAAGCUGACGGUCUUCCUAAAGAAGAGAGACGACAUCUCUCACGAGGAAUUCCACAAGUACUGGGACAAUGAGCACGCCAAGAUCUUCCUCUCCGUACCUAUCGUCAAGAAGAAUGUAGUCAAGUAUACCCAGUUUCACGCGAACAACGGCGCCACCGCCGACAUCACGAACUUCGGCUUGGCCAUGGUGGGAUAUGACGGUGUGGCGAAUAUAUGGGGAAAGAGCCUGGACGACUUGUUAGCAAUCUACAACGACGAAGAGUUCUUGAGGGUUUCGGCUCCGGAUGGCGACAAGUUCUUCGUCCAAAAGGAGAUCGCCGUGAUGUAUGGAUGGGAGGAGGAUAAGUGGGACAAGCAGAAGGACAGCUGA